AUGUCCAAGUCGACCUUCUGUCUCGUGUCGCUACCGACAUCCAUCUCGCCGUCAAAUGACAGCGACGAAGCGCUGACGGCCCUGAGAGCCGUCGUCUCGACCGACAACGGCACGACGUAUCCGUUCAGCAUCCCAUCCUUCAAGAUUGGCACUCUGGACGCCCUGGUGCAGCAGGCCGACGACCUGCAGAAGCUGGAGCAAGGAUGCAAAGGUGUCGUCGAGAAGGUGGCCGACUCGUUGAAGAACAUUCUCGAGGGCGACGAGGACAAGAUCGCCGACCAGAAGAACGUCAACGACAAGCCCGUCGACCACUACCUGCAGAGCUUCCAAUGGAACAAGGUCAAAUACCGCGCCGAGAAGCCCAUCUCGGAGCUGGUUGACAUGCUCCAGAAGGACAUUGCUAGCAUAGACAACGACGUCAAGUCCAAGUUCAACCAGUACAACUCUACAAAGACCUCUUUGGCUUCGGCCUUGCGAUCACGCACCGGUAACCUGUCGCAAAAGUCGCUGUCCUCUGUCGUCAACCCCAACAACCUCCUCGCACCAGACGCCUCGGAAUACCUGCAACAACACCUGAUUGCCGUGCCCAAGAACCACGUCAAGGACUAUCUUCAGAGCUACGAGUCUUUGUGCCCCAUGGUCGUGCCCCGUUCAUCGCAAGAGCUGGCCAAGGAUGACGAGUUCAGCUUGUUCGCCGUUACCGUCUUCAAGAAACACAGCGCAGAGUUCAUUCACAAGGUUCGCGAAAGGCGCUGGACGCCCCGUGAGUGGAAGUUCACCGAAGGUGGGCGUGAGGCCGAGGAGCGUGAGCAGAAGAAGCUUGAAACCGACGAGCGCCGUGUUUGGGGUGAGGCUCUCCGUCUUGGUCGCACUGGCUACAGUGAUGCUGUCAUGGCUUGGAUCCACGUUCUUGCCCUGCGUGUCUUUGUUGAGACGGUCUUGCGUUACGGUCUUCCUUUGAGCUUCGUUUGUGGUCUUGUCAAGGUAAGGAGUUUGAACAUCACGCUAAGCUAUGCACAAAUGCUGACACGANNAUUACAGACGGACAAGAAGGUUGUCGAGAAGGUCAAGAAGAACCUCGACGGUGCCUACUCACACCUUGGUGGAAACGCCUUCGGUCGCGACAAGAAGGGCAGAGUGACCAAGGAUGAUGCUCAAACGGCCAACGAACUGCAAGCAACUGGCCACGCUGGUGGUGAGGACUACAACGCAUAUGUCUACUACCAGUUCGAGAUUGCAUGA